GCGGCUCUCACCGUCUCUCUCCUGCGGAGGUUUGGCGCUGCUCAUCAUCAUCAUCAUCCUGAUUGCUGAGAUUGGGGGCCCGUGACACCUCCCGAAGCCCCCUUAUCCUGCAUCUGCCGCCAACCGAGAGCCUUCCAGCACGGGAUGUCACAUCGGCCUCCUCGCACAGCAGCUAGCAGCCUCCCUGGGUGUCACCCCCUCCUCCAAUACUGCACCCCCAGGUCAGUGCACCCCCCCAGUACACUCCAAUCCGGGCUCCUCCGCCGGGAGAGGGGUGCUGAGCCUACUAACUCCUAUCGCUGCCCUACUGGUGGGCUGUCAUACCUCCUAUAGAUUCUAUACACCUCCACCUCUCUUACUACACUUCCUAUACCCCCCUGUACCACUAUAACCACCACCCCCCCUGUAGAUUCUGUACCCCCUGCACCAAUCACCCUGCUGCCACCCCCUAUAUAUCCUAUACCCCUGUACCCUGCUGUCACCCCCUAUAGAUCAUAUACACCCUGCUGUAAACCCCUAUAGAUACUAUACCCCUUGCACGCUGCUGUCAAACCCCCUAUAGAUCAUACACCCCUAUAGAUCUCAUACCUCCUGCUGCCCCACCCCCUAUAGAUCCCAUACCCCCUGCACCCAUCACUAUGCUGUCACACAUUCUAUAGAUCCUAUAUCCCCUGCACCCAUCACCAUGCUGUUACACCCCCUAUAGAUCCCAUACCUCCUGCUGUCACACCCUCUAUAGAUCCCAUACCUCCUGCUGUCACACCCCCUAUAGCUCCUAUACCCCCUGCACCCAUCACUAUGCUGUCACACAUUCUAUAGAUCCUAUACCCCCUGCACCCAUCACCCUGCUGUCACACCCUCUAUAGAUCCCAUACCUCCUGCUGUCACACCCUCUAUAGAUCCCAUACCUCCUGCUGUCACACCCCCUAUAGCUCCUAUACCCCCUGCACCCAUCACUAUGCUGUCACACAUUCUAUAGAUCCUAUACCUCCUGCUGUCACACCCUCUAUAGAUCUUAUACCUCCUGCACCCAUCACCCUGCAUUCACACAUCCUAUAGAUCUUAUACCACCGUUAUCUUGCACUGUGCUGUCACACCUCUUGUAGAUUCUAUACGCUCUGCACCACUCUAUCCUAUCGCAUCUCCUAUAUAUUUUUAACCCCUCCAUCUCUCAACCUACUUACAAUACCUCCUAUAAAUCACAAAUACACCCCUCAUCAAUAUACCAAGUCUCACUUCUUAUAGAUACUAAGCCCCUGCAUACAUCACAGAUGCUCUCUGCACCUGUCAGCGUGCUACAUCCUGAUUCGUUGCCAGCUGUACUAUACCAUAACUGCCCUUUAUAUUAGAUUUUUGCCAUCAUGCCUGACCCUUGAGUUAAAGAACAUAUUUUAAGGGCCAGGGCCCUUUCCCUUGUUCUGGUGGAACUUUGCUAUAGUGUCCCAAUUUCAUCUUGAGAUAGCACUAUCAUCCGGCACCCUGCCCCCACCACUCUCCCCCCUGCCCGUGGCCCCCUCGUGCCCCCCCUCCUUGGACUCAUCCUCCACCUCUUCCACUCUGGGGAUGACUGCCGGGGAGUUUGCACAUGGGGGCCCAGGGAGGCUGCCACGAGGGGGCCCUGGCUGUGCUGUGCGUGGCUGCUACAAGAUGCUGUCUGUGUUGCUGUUGCUGGCUCAGGGCGCACUGCUGGACCUCUACCUGAUUGCUGGCACGGACUUGUACUGGUGCUCCUGGAUUGCCACUGACCUGGUGGUGGUAGCUGGAUGGGGGAUAUUCUACUCCAAAAACAGCAGAGGCCAAAGAGCAUUCCAGGGCUCGCUCAGCUCCUCGGGCUAUGGUCAAGUCCAAAGGCCCAAGAAAGGCCAGUUUGCUUAUAGUCACCUGGCUUGGCUCAUCUAUGCCAUCGCCUUCACGCCCAAAGUGGUCUUGAUACUUUGCACCCCAAUACUGGAUCAGAUCGAGGCCGGUGUACCCCUGGGAAGCACUGGGUUCCGGCUUACAGUCUCGCUCUCAGUUCCUCUGCUCUGGGCAUUAGUCCGCUCAUUGAGUGUCGAUCCACGCGGAUGGCAGCACCAGAGAGCUACUGGCUACCUCAUGGCCUCCUGUUUGGACCUACUGGAUAGCUAUGCCCUCUUGGAACCCAUGUUGGAAGGCAAACUACCCCUCAUGCCUUUCAUCCGUUACCCAUUACUGGCUGUAUACUUUGUGGCAUUGGCAUCACCAGUCCUGUGGUUGUCCGAGCUGGACUCAGGAGCCCCCCCUGGCUGCUGUCGUCUCUUCCUUCGCCUCCUCUGUGGCACUAUGGUGGAUGGCCCUCUCCUGGCAGUCCGGUGCUUCUUGAUGCUAAGCUCGCCCAACCGACCCUUCUCCGUUUUUAUGCUGAAAAAUGUAUUUUUUUUGGUCUGCCGCUGGCUGGAGGUCCUCGAGCUCUGCUGCCUUCUCAGCACCCCAGAGCCAGGCCUUGCAGACCGACCACCGGGACAGUUCAGCCACUGUGUCUCUGAAAAUGAUAUGGGGCCUCACGCCUACGUCAACACAUUGGCCGUGACAUCGCAGAGCUAAACUUGAACAGAGCACAGGCCCCCCACAAUGGACCCUUUUUGUUUUUUGUACUUCAACUGCCAACACUGCCAAGAAAACAUCAAGACUCAUCAAGGAAAAACUACGUUACCAUUUGGUAUUUUUAUUACAAGAAAAAAAUCAGGUGUAAAUUUUUUUUUUUUUUUAAACCAGUGUUGAUAAGCUCAAAGGUCCAACCCUUAAAAAAAAUUGUUCUGUAGGUGAUUUAUUUACCUGAAGUUCUCCUUUCUCUGCAAAUAACUCACUUCAAUAUUCUAGUAUCAGGAUUUGUUCACUGUGUAUGUAAUUGAUGUUUACAUGGGUGGUAUCAAAACAGGACGAUAAAUACACAGACCUCCUUUGUUAGGCACUGCCAAAUUAAUAGAUACCGUACAUUUUGGGGUUGUACAAUUUGGUAAGGGAGAAGUCUGGUGGUCUUCACCUGUUGGGAAAUAUAUUUCAGCAUCUUUGUGAGGGUUCUCAGUCACCAUGUCACAUUCAACUGGACUUGGUCUGUAAUGUAGAUAAUCUUUCGAAACUUCCAAGUGAGCGUCCUCAGCGGAGAAUGCUUCUGAGAUAAAUAGAUAAAGGUCUUCAACAUCAGGAAAGAAGGCCAGUUGAAUGAGACUAAUGCCUCGUACACACGAUCGGAAUUUCCGAUGGAAAAAGUCUGACAAACUUUUUCCAUCGGAAAUUCUCA